AUGCAGUCAAGUCAUAGCAGACUGUCCCGUCUUGAAAGCAUGAAGGAACACCUGAUGCAAUCUGCUCGUCAAUGCAAUCUGAAGGAUGCGAGACAGCUUUCACCAUUCGCGAAAAAAUUGAUACAAGUCAAUGCUGACCAAGGGAAAGAUGUUUUUCACCAACCGAGGCAUGCUGACCACUCCGGUGACCAACGCAGUCAAGCGCAGUCAGAGGCAACAGGAAGCGAAGAUGACUUGAAACAGGCGGCUUUUGACUUGGCAUUGGGAGUUCUUUUGGGGACCCACCAUUGGCGUUCGACUAGUGACCUUGAUCUCCCUACAGAAAGCACACAAUGGUCCGAGCCGACCGAUGCCAGUCAGGAAGCGAUCACAUCUUUAGACAUAAUCAACCUCCUGCUCCGCGAAUGUAAAACGGAGAUGAAAGAAAAGGGUCCAUCAGCUUCUCAAGACCAUCCUGGCCUCACUGCAGACAUCGAGGUAGCAAUCUGUAAAGCAAUCUGGAAAUAUUGGAACUCCUCAUUGGGUAUUGCUCACAAGAUUAAGGCUACUCUCACAAACCUCCUGGAGCAUUCAGCUGCAGUCUCUCCUAAUCCGCUUGAUCGACCGGCUAUUCAAACUUUUCUUACUUUGAUCAAAGACGCAGUAUUUGUCGAAAAACGGACAUUUGCCGUCCUACUGUAUCUCUUCUCAUAUAUGUCGGCUGAAGAAACCUUACGAGAACUAAGAUGCCAUGUCAGCAAUCGCAAUGAAUUCCUUUCGAUUGUGUUACAUGCCAUCGGUGACGACAAAAUCGCUUCGGUGGCUGGUCAGCUGGCGGUUAGAUGGACGUUCAUGACAAUAGGUUGCGAUAGUCCAAACACCCAAAAUGGGGUUGACUCCCAUGCUAACAAGAGCGAACAUAUGUGGAUCUCAAUCGCCUGCUCGAUACUUCUUUGCGAGGAUGAACGAAAGCGACAAUAUUUCUGCCGCUAUUACCUUCGUAAUUUAUUCAAGCAAGACCCAACUUUUUUCAAGCAACUCAGUCGUGAGUUGAUUUACAAAGUGAAAUCUGGACCUGAGAAGUUCCCCGCCUCUGCCAGUCUUCCGGAGCUCUCCGGUGUAAUCUCUCUAGCCUGUCUUGGACGAUCAGUUGGGGGUCUUGACCAUCCCGAGAAUAAGGUGUACAGCGGGGAGGAAUGCGAGUUGAUCAACGAACCGACACUUUUAGUCUGUCUGUCACAUUCAUCAACCUCUUUAAGGUCAUCCGCACUGUCUGUGAUAUGCCAAUCUAACUCCUUUGCUGCACCUCUUCCAUCGAGCCAUUUGGCCUUGUUGGAGAAGUUCUUUCGCUGGAACCUUGGUGAGAUUGAUGCCGAACUGAAGCAAAACAUCAAAAGCAAUCUGAAGACUCUCUUGGAGCGUCUUCGUGAUUCCUCUCAUGCUGCAAACAAAAAAAGACAAGAUCUCAAGACGAAAGAAAACAGGCAGUCAUUAUUUCCAAAAGAUCCCCUCACCCUUACUGCGAAUGAGACCAUUCGUGCUCAGAUGACAGUGCAUGCGACCUAUCUUGCUGAAGUUGAAGCCUUCUUAAAUAAAUUGAAGACCUUAUGGCUAUCCAACUGUACAUUCUUUUCGCCCUAUCGGAAUCAAAUAUCUUGUCUGAAUUAUCUGAAGUUGCUCCUGGACACUGGUCUCGACACGUCUUUUCAGUCUCCAACCAACACCGCUAGCUUUGGGCCGUCGAAGGAUCCUGCCGCUUCGAAGGGAGCUAAGAAGCUGCCAAAGGCUGGACAGAUAUCAAGGUUCCCUUUCGAUUUGUGUAUCAUGGAUCCUAGCUUGGUUAGGGUUUUAGUGGCUGCUUUAAACAGUACGUACGAUGAUAUACGAAACCUUGCCUUCCUUAUGUUACAAGGCUCUCCAACCCCUCUACCUGGCUAUGAGCCCGAAGACAGCUUCGAACGCGACAUUAUCGAUAUUGCUGUCAAGCUUUCUGGAUCAAAAAAGGCUAGCGAGACUUGUACGGGAAACCUCCUACUCCGGUUAAUUGUUGACAAAGUGAUUCUGAACGGGACAUGUCGAGUGCCAUUGGCCUUGCUACCCCGAUCGCAGAAUUGGUUAAAAUCGGAAAACCCAUUAGCAUUAUUUCUAUACGGUAGACUGGAGGCAUUACAGGAUUGUAUCGAGGCAGCCGAAAGUAACAUCGCUGACGCUUGCGAAAGUCGACCAGUCCAAGGCUUUUUGAUGACGAUUAGAUUGUGCCUCGCUUACCAUCCCUUGAAUGAUCCUACGUGUAAUAUCAGCUCGCUCUUAACCUGCUUAUCGGAAUCUAUGAUGCAAUCUCUGGUACAGUCCAACGAUUUGUUCUCGAUCCUCGAAAAGGCGAAACGGCUGGUCCAAAGAGUAUGGGCCUUUGCCAGAGUCGUACUGUGCGCUGCAGCUCCCGAUUCCAACUACAUUGAAGAAGAAUCGAUGGCAGAGUUAGUUCCUGAUCACGAAGAUGCUCGAGCCGAGGUGCUGAUAGCUGGCGAUAAUGCCGAGGUUGACUCAGCUGACGAGCGCGUCGAACUGACAGCUGCCUUCACCGGUACUCGCAAGAGAGCCGUGCUGAGUGCAUGUUGGCGAGGCAUGAAAGAAGCAAGUGCCUUACUCACUGAAGUAGCAAGAGUUAUGACAAUGUAUUUGAGUGGCUCGUAUCUGCCUGGCCCAAGGGCCAUCAGUCUGGAUGACAUCUCAGACAUAGGUAGACUGUUUGAGACAUGGCUACUCGAAAUUCGACACCGCGGUGCGUUUGGUGCCAUUCAUGCAUCGUAUAGCAAGCUUUGUGGUAUCCUCUGUAGUCCAACGUGCACUUCGACCUCGCAGCUUCCCGCCGCAUGGCUGAAGAUGCACAUUAAGGCCAUCACUUCUCGGAAGCUUUCGUUCACCCGUAGAAGUGCCGGAUUACCGUUUUGUAUACUAUCAACAUGUCAAGCGUUAUCGUCUUGCGACCUUGCCGGACUUCAGGAAGCGUUUGGGAUGAUCUUGGAAAUAUCUCAAGAUGUAGACACGCCUUUGGAAUCUAAGAUCCACUGCCUCAACACACUCAAAAUCUUACACACGGAUGCUUUGAUAUCUUCAAAAGUUGUCUCUCUCUUUGUUGAGCAGAGCUAUGACCUCGCAAUCCGGAGUUUUGUCUCUCCAGAUUGGCGAAUUCGCAACGGGGCUUUGAUACUUUUUUCGGGUCUAACGAAUCGAGUGUUUGGUAGUAGAGCGCUAGACAUGGAUAGAACAUAUCAUAUGCUUUGUAAAAGGGAAACAGUCACGGUUCUUUCUCUGCUUUCGCUAUUGCAAAAUCCCAACGCAAGUCCGGUAGCAAAUGACUACAUCCCAUUGGUCCAGCGAUGUUUGGAGAGUAGGGUAUCAAAGAUAAGGUCUAUCAGUGCCGAUGCCUUGACCGGACUUGUGCCAUUCAUGGACGUCCCCGCACGCCUGCGCGAUCUGCUCGGCGAAGCUAUGGUAGCCUCGAAUUUCAAUCAAAUGCAUGGACAACUGCUAGCUAUCAGUCGCCUGAUAGAGGUUUCAGGUUCAUUGUGUGUUGACGACAAAAUGCAAGUCAGCGUUGCACUGCACCGAUUAGCUGUGUCACUUUCGUCAAAUAAGCCAACACCGUACUUGUGUCGCUUGGUAUUCCUGCAGAUUCUCGAUGCAGCGCAGUCCCGCUUCGGUAUUGAGAUUGAACUUGAACUUUGCGGAUCGCUGGUACUACCCCGGCUUUUGGUUUCUUUUGACGCAUCAACACCUGCAAUCAACUCGUUUCUUCAUACUGCAGUCAAACAGCUGUUGAGUAGAAGAAUGGAUGCGACUUUACUAUCCGAAUGCCUUGUCAAAGGCCCGUCCGCGAUACAAAUAUCAGCGCUGGAGUUCAUAUUGCAAGAUUCGCGGGAUCGGAUUCCACCGAAUAUACUGAUUGACGGUUCGGUUAAGCAGGCGAUCAUCAGUUUAAGUCGAGAUGAAACGAUAUCUGUUAACUUACGUUUACCCGCCCUCCAAGUUUUGGCCGAAGGAAUCGUCCCACUCACCUCUUCAGAUUGGAAAUUACCCGAGAUCAUUGAUAAUUACCAGAAGACAAGAAUACUACCCAUACAAAACGUGAUCUUGAUCAUCAUGGCUCAUGGUUUAGUGAAACAAUCUAAGAGUGAUGGUGAGAAUGACGACUUGAAUGUCUGGAAGGAAACCUUCUUCGCCGAGGUCAAGAUUGCAUCCCUUGAGGAACAGAGUAUUGACACUCGAAUGUCGGCAGCCAAAGCUUUGUCGGCUGUCUGUGAUAUAUACAGUACCCCUCUUUCACCUGACUGCAUUCAGUUUUUAGACGCCGCCAUCUCCCUGCUUCAAGAUGAUGACGAGGACGUUAGGUCCACAAUUGUUGAAUGUAUUGGCAGGAUUUCAAACCUUUCAGAUGGAUCUCCAAAGGUACCUAGAGCAACCUUGGAAGUUAUAUUGCAAAAAGCGACUCAAAUUGAUCACAAUUAUCUCAUCGAAAAAAUUCUUAACCCUGCCUCCUUCCAACCCGAAGUGAACCACCCCCUGGGAUCUACAUGUUGCAUCUUUUCCAAGGAACGUCUCAACCUUUAUUGCGAUGAUCUCGCUGAAGUUUAUAUCAUGCAAGACUUGCAAACAGUCCGAACUUCUUGUACCACGGAAAGUCCUCCCGUUCUUAUACCAUCAAGUGUAUUCGAACGUUUUCACCAGGCCGUCUCCGCUUUGCAAGCAUCAAGUACCGGCAAUGAAGUACAACCACAGGCAGAUAGUACCACCUCGCCUCUCCGGACAGAAUCUCAAUUACUGGGCCUUCACGUUGUUUUGAUAGCAAAAACGUUAGAGACACAGUUUCAAUAUUGUUUUGAAGCUCGUGAACAUGCUUUCCUGGAAAACAUCAGAGCACGAUUGGAGUUUCCUGAAGUAUUCAGUAUUUAG